AUAAAAGGAUAUUAUAAUCUGUAUCGUCUUUGAUAUGAAAGCAAAGAAAGCAAAGAAAAAGCGAUAAUGAUAUUAUACAAGAUACUAAGCAACCUUAUAACAUUCAAGAUACUUUGUUUACAAAUAAAUAUUGCUGAUAAAACUUUUCCAAAAGGUCAUUUAAAGCCGCUUGGAUCACAUCGAUCACCAGAAAGUAUCGAUGAACGCUUUGAUGUACCUUCACCUCUCGAGUUUUGGACUGACUAUGUUAAAAUCUCCAAGCCUGUGGUUUUUAGAGGAGCUGCGAAACACUCUAAGGCAUUCACGUCGUGGACUGAUAAAUAUUUAAAACAGAAUUAUGGAGAUUUGGAAGUUAGAUUGGAAAAUAAGGGUGAAAAAUCUGGAGGAGUACCAAUUGGUGCUAAGGGAUUAGGAAGGGAUACCAUAGCCCACUUUGUGGAUACUUAUCAUGAUGUAAACAGUUAUAUUGUGUCAGAAUUACCAACACCAAUGUGGUCUGACAUCCUUGUGCAGCCAUGUUUAACAUGUGGAACAUUUUCUGAUCAUAUUGUUGAGAUUGAUUUAUGGAUGAGUGGUGGAGGAAGCAAGAGUCUCUUACAUAAGGACGCAUUUAACGCAAUCAAUUGUCUUUAUAAUGGCACCAAAGAAUGGAAAAUGAUCGAAUAUAAAUAUGAGAAAAUGAUAUACAAAGCGUGGGAGCCUGAGUACGAGGUUGGAGGAUAUUCAUUGCUUCAAGUUGAUUCAGUUGAUUUAAUCAAAUAUCCCAAAGUUAAAGACGUACCUUGGUCAUUUGUCACUGUGAAUGCUGGUGAUUGUUUAUUCCUCCCGAAAAGUUACUAUCAUCAAGUUAACUCGUAUGGCAGUAACAACGUUGCCGUUGCAAUCUUGUUUUCUCGUCUUGAUAAUCUUGAAAAAUACAAUAACACGGGAUGUGACUCGCAGAAUUUGUCUUAUCUUCCUUUAUCUCAGCUUGAUGUUGACUGGAAAUAUCCUGGUCAUGGUAAAAUGACGAUGGGAAAUUCUCAUCUGGAAACUGCCAGAGAAUUACUGAAAGAAGCAUCACAAGGUGGUCCCUUAACUUUGGAGUCCAUCCCUGUUAUCCUCGAGGAACAUCUUCACUGGAGAGUUGACAGUGAAUCGUUACCAGAAGAGAUUUUUCAUAUUCUGUCAAAAGACAAUCAAGCAGUAAUCUCGCAAGAAGAUAUUGAUUCGUUAGGUAAAGAUGAUUUACGGAAAUUGUUGUUGCUGCUGGAACGUUAUGAGCCUUCAAAUAUGUAUACCUAUGAAUAUUCUUUUGUCAGAGAAGAGGAUAUAAGAUUGCUGAUCGAUACUCUUAUGAAGCAGGAUGGCGUCCUCAUUUUAGACAAGUUUAUUAAAGAGUAUCAGCAGCACCUGGGAGGAACAGAAGCGUUUGCAUCACAGAUUUUUCAAGGCUUGAAGUCUGCUCAUGGAAACAUGGCAACACCAGAAGAGGUAGAAAAAAAUCUUGACACAGUUUUGCAUCCAUACAUACAAUAUCGAAAAAAAGCUGGGAUUAAAAAUGAUUAUCACAGUAAUGAUGAUGACGACGAUAAUAAUGAUGAUGAUCCUGAUGAUGAUGAUAAUGAUGAUAGCAAUUAUCCAGAUGAUAAUCAUGAUCGUGAUGAUAGCAAUGAUCCAGAUGAUCGUCGUGAUCGCGAUGAUAAUAAAGAUCGUAAUGAAGAUGAUGAUGAUAUCAAUGAAGGUCUAAGGGAUGAGCUUUGAUUGAAGUUAUUUAAUUCUUAUAGGGUUUUUACUCUGUUAAAUUAUCCGCAUGUUUUUAUAUUUCAUCCUACGCACUCGCUGAAUAAUCCUGGAUUAAAUAAAGCUUAGAUAUGA